CGCACUUCAUGUCGUAAAAUUGUUGACUGUUGUAAACAAUGGCUGCUGUUCUGAGAGCGAAGAAGUGUUUCGCUUUUGUAGUACGAUAUUCUGAUCGCGAAUCUUCACCUUGAAGUGACAACUUAUAAAGUGAACGCAGAAGAUCAUGUCAGGUAAUCAGUUUAAUGGUACUCUUCCCUCAAUUAAUAUUGUGGGAAGUGCUGGUGAAUCACAAGAAAGUGGAGGUUGUUCUGGUGUUGGCCAGAGUUCUGGAGGUGAUGAUGUUGAUGGAGAAGAGCAAGAAGAAUCUUCUUCUUCACAUGUGUUGAAUGUUGAAGAUGCUUUGACCACAUUUCGACAACAGUGGCAGCAUAAGCUUGAAACAUCGCCAUGGCAUGAGUUGAAAAGUGUUUCAUCUUGCAACACCAUAGUGAAUGGUGGAGUAGAGGAGAGUGACUUGGGCAUUGAGAAUGAAGCCAAAAGGUUAUUUGUGAAAGGUGUUGAAAAUGAGCAAAGUGGAAAGCUAUAUGAAGCUAUACAGUUUUAUCGCAGAGCCGUGCAGUUGGUACCUGAUAUUGAAUUUCGUCUUUAUGACACAAGCAAGUUGAAGCCAAGAGAGAGACGGGAAAUUGGAAACAGUGAAGAUAAUUCAGAAGUUAAUCCUGAUCAAGAAGUGAACUGUGGAUCGGAUGAUGAUGAUGGUGGUGGUGGUGAUGAAGAAGAAGAAGAUACAGAUCUACUGUCAUGCUUGCAGCGAUUGUUUAGCCAUUCUAUGUGUGUUUGCACACCACAUCAUGAACAGAAGGCAACUCACAUAUCUGCAUUGCCCAUGGAAAUAAUUCUAUACAUCCUACGUUGGGUGGUGUCAUCAGAUUUGGACCUGAGGUCGCUGGAAAUGUGUUCCUAUGUUUGUCGUGGAUUCUACUUAUGUAGUCGAGAUCCUGAAAUAUGGAGGCUGUCUUGUGCACGUGUGUGGGGAGUGAAUUGUGGAGGGCUGACCCACUAUGAAUCAUGGCGGAAGAUGUUCAUUGAACGUCCCAGACUUCAGUUCAAUGGUUGUUACAUCAGUAAGACCACUUAUGUACGUAAUGGUGAAAACAGUUUCCAAGAUCAAUUCUACAGACCCUGGCACAUUGUGGAGUAUUAUCGAUAUCUCAGGUUCUUUCCUGAGGGUUUAGUUCUGAUGUUGACAACACCUGAUGACCCUGCAUCAAGCCUUGGGCAGCUAAGAUACCGAAUUUCAAAAAAUCCUGCUGUGUUAUCUGGCAAUUAUCAUCUGCUUGAAGACCGUGUUGUUCUAGUCCUUCGUCGACAGGACUCCACAGUUAAAAUGGCUGUUAACAACCGUUAUCGCGGUAGACGAAGAGAAGGCACCCAGGAUUUAGGUGAACAGACCUUUCAUUUGGAGCUGCAAAUUGUGACGUACCGAAAUCGCAUCCAUGCACAGUUGGUAUGGCAGCGCUAUUCAAUUUUUACCAAGUUCCGCAGUGGUCAGGAAACCACCACAGUGUUUGAUCUUCCAGGAAACCGGUAUCCACCCUACUGGUUUUCACGAGUCAAGAGCUAUACUGCUGAAUCGGAGAAUCCUCUUUAGAAGGAGGAAAGAACCAAGUGACAUGCCACUUCUGGCAGGAGUAAGACUAUGAAAUUAUAACUAAUAAUCAGUCAACCAACUGGAAGAGGAAGAUAGUCAAACGUUGUCUCAUAUUAUUACUUGUUAUAACUGGAAAAGACUUUGAUCCUAUUAUAAUGACAGUCAUCAUAAUGAAUUUAUGACACAUACACUGUGGAACAUGAGAACUGUAUUGAAUAGAACCAUAUGUAAGGGAAUGGUUAGUUACAGGUUCAAACACUUCCUCCUCUACAAUGAAGUUUCAGGGACAUAUCUAUAAAUUUUAGCAUUUACAUGUAGCAGAGAGACACUUUAUAACCUGAUGAUGGUGUGAAUGCACUAUAGCAUGAUUAAUUGUCAUAAUAGAUCAGGUUUGAGGUUUUCAUGGUGAGGAGUAUCAAGACGUUGGGGUCUUGCUCCAUGUAGUUUGAUAAAUGUUUAUUGAUGUUUGAAAGGAGCUUAUUGCCUCCAUCAUCAUGAUGAUGAACUGUCAUUUAAUAUCUACCAGAUAACUUGGUACGUCAUCCCAGAAGACAGCCGUCUUUUUAGCCACAUGAAGUUUAUAUGAUCCUAAAAGCGGUAUAUUGCUGGCUGUGUACUUUUAGUAAUUCAUAAUAAACUAUAUGUACAGUUUAUUUAUCAUUUAACUGUGCCGUUUAAUGCGCUUUUCAGGAGAAUAUAUUAAGGGCAAAAUGUUAAACACAAUUUGAUUUUGGAUGACAAGUGAGAUGUUUAAUAGAUGUUUAACAUUUACUCUCAAAUAUAUCAACUUGAAUCAUGGCAAACUUGUUGCUGUUUUGUGUGUGUGUCUGUUUUUGUUUCCCUCUUUGAACUUACCAUUUCACCAGUUUUCAUGAAACUUGGUAUGAACAUUAUGCAUUUGGAAUUUUUAAAUGGACAGUCAGUUGUUGAUGAUUGGGUUUAGUUUUCCAAGUGCUCUGGAAAGAAUGCAUCAUUAUAAAUAUUGACAUUAGGAUGAUUCCAAAAUUUCAGAAAGUAGGCUUUUCAUGGAAAGUCACAUCAUUAAUUGAUUAGGUAUACUGUAUAUGUUCCAAAUACUUUUAUGUAUGUGAAUAAAUGUUCUAACUCACUCCAUGCAGCAGAGUCCUUGAAAAACUAAUAGCCCAUAUAUUAAAUUCCACACUUUUUUUGGGUAUUCAAAACAUUAUGGACUUGUUACAGGAGGUCACUACUGGACCUUAGACUGGUGCUAGAUGAAUCUGAUCCACAUACAAAACCCUAUUUCUUUAAGAUCCGUUUUAAUAUAAUUUUUGCAGGUCUCUUCCCUUCAAAUUUUCUGCAUAAAAUUGUGUAUGUAUUCAGCAAAAGUCCUUGACAUGAAAUGUAAUAAUGGUUUCUACAAAAUUAAAAUGAAAGUAUAACCACAAUGGUACUUUUUAAUUUGUAUGUUUAGAACGUUUGAGUGUAUUUCAAAAUAUGCUUUUUAAUUAGUUAAGAAUAAAUUUACGUAUUGAACACUUUUUUAAAAAAAAUUGUGGAAGUUUUAAAAAUGAGCUGAUUGGUUCCUUUUUAUAUGCUAUGUGUUGCAACUCCACUAAGUGAAUCCAGUUGUCUUCAGACUUAAUAUAAAAUAUUCCUCCUACAUAAAUUUUAUAGUUCUGAGUCCUUUUUCUGUGCACAACUCAGUUUAAUUCAAAUUUAUCAUUUUGUAUGCAUAUUUAAAAAUUUGCAGUAGACUGUGAUUCCCAAAAAGUUCAGUCACUGUUAAUGUAAAAUGUAUGGAGCUUUCUUUACUACAUGUCUUUCUUUGGGAAAGGUUGUAUUGUAUGGAACUCUUUAAAUUAUUAUUUUGGUGAAAUUCCAGUACUGAUACUCUUUCAGUGCAACUUGUAAUUUACAUUCUUCUAAAUGUAGUAUAUAGGACACUAUAAGUUAAAAAAUUCUGAAUUUACUUUCAAUGUCCAUUUAUUAUAGCUUUCUGCAGUUUUAAAUUAUAUUCUUAUUGUAUUAAUUUGAAUGCAUGGAUUGCCAAAGGUUCACCUGUCCAUAAGCAAAGCCCACAACAUAGAUCCAGUUUUGGUAAGUUGUACAGUAUUUCAUGUACUGCGUAUUGUAAUUAUGUAUAUAAACAGUGAAAAUAUUGGACUACUAAAGGUUCACUUGCUCAUAUCCAGUUUGUCCACAGUACAAAUCCAAUUUUAGUUAUGUUGUCAAUUUAAAUGUUGUGUAUUGUAAUUAUAUAUACUAAUGGUAUUAGUGUUUAAGUGAUAUUAUAAAGGUUAUCACACUUGUAAUAAGAGAAACUAUUAGCAUUCCUGAAUACUGAGCUUUGUAAUACAGUAUAAAUUAUAAACUGCAAAUCAGUGAACAGGAUUGAAUGCUUAACACGUAUUAAGCAUUUAGAAACCCAUCAUUGUGUCACAAAUCAAGUCUUCUUACCUUCAUUGUAAGCCUUUUAGAAUUUACUAUGUAAGGCUUCAUGUACAAAGAAGUUUGAAGGUUGAAUUUGCUUAAUCUUAAAUUGAUUUAUCAUGUGCUUAAAUAUAGUUCAAGAGAAAUCAUCAGUCAAACUCAGUUUAGCAUUUUAAAAAUUAUAACAUAAUUAAUUUGUUGUGAUUGGUUAUUUGUGUCAAAAUAAAUGGACCUCAAAGAGUUAAUUCUGCUAUGGGAAAUUUACUGAAGGAGACAGAGUUUUUAGUAUUCCAUUUAAGUAAAAUGUACUGAUAAUUGUGGGAUUAUAUUCUUCAACACACUUUUUUCAUAAUUUAAUUUAAAAAUUCUGUUUCCAAAAAGUAUGAAACACACUUCAGAUGAUCCAGUGAAGAACCACUCGGUAAACAUCCAUUUGGCACAGGUUCAUUAAUAAAAUUACAGUAAUGAUAAAGUAAUUUAGUAACAGAACUCAUACACUGCCAUAUUCGAAAAUAUUUCCCCACCAGAAUUUUGAAUACAUGUUUUAUUGCCCUUAUAUGAACCACAUGUCCAGCCUAUCACAACCUUCUUGAUCCGACUACUUCAGCAAUAUAAAGUAACCUGUGUAAGUUACAAACGUUCUCUUGACACAGUAUCUUAAAUUGUCCUUUUUAUCCCACUUAGGGUCAAGUAUUACCAGUCUUUCAGAAGUUGCUAUAUUAAGCAUGGUGUUUAUUGCUAGCAUAUUUUAUAGUUUUUUAUUGAAAAAACAAGAAGUAGGAAAGGGACAUGAGUGAAGCUUAAUAAAGGUAAAGUGUCCUCUGGUGUGUGGAAAUAACAUUUUACAUUUGUCACUGCAGUAUUAUUACAUUUUCUAUUACAAAGUUUGGUAAAGGAUAUUUUUAGCACACAGUCCAUCCAUGAGUCCAGUGAGAGGAGUAGAAGCAGAAGAGAGACUGCAAUGCAAAUGUAGAUAACCAUUGUGUUAGAGUAAAGAUGAAGCAAUUAUUUGGUCUAUGCCCCUCAUCAGUCAGGUUUGCCACUUACGCAGUAACUGCAGGUAUGUGAGUAAAUGUGGUAUUUCAUACUUGUACAGAUCUUAAUUAAGUAAUUGUUUAUAUAGAGAUUUGCAAGUUUGUUGAAAGUUUGUUCCUUUGUGUGAAACUACAAAACUAUGAGAAUUAGUUUGAGAAAGAAAGGAAAGCUGGCUAGAAAAUAAUAUUUAGAAAUUUUUGUUGGGAUAAUGAAAUCUAAGAGUGUAUGAUUGACUGGGCAUUGCACAAUGUUCACGUGAAAGACGGAGAAAGAUAUGGGAGAAUAACAUAGGGUAUAGGUGGGUUGUGACAAAAGUAUGAGUGGGAACUGGCUCAAGACUGUGUCCAUUAGUGGGCUUUGGUGUUGAGGAUAUUGAACCUUAGAUUCUGCUGUCACAGUGUUUAUUAGAUUUUUUCCAAACCAGUUAAUUAACCAAGCCUAUAUGUAGUGGGAAACAAUAUAAUGCUCUAGGACACUGUACACUGUAAACAGUAGUUUAAAUUAAUUAUAAGAUAAUUGUUGAUGAGUUUUAUUGAAAAUCUCACCAAACAGCAGUUGAAAUUUUAAAUUACAAAAUUCACAAUUUCCUAUUUGCUCACCAAGCACAUGAAUACAUUACAAUGUGCAUUUUACUCACAUUCUGGAUGUCUUCAGAUAAAAGUUGAAUCAGAUAAACCCAAAGAUACUCUCAGUUUUUCCCCAAAUGUGCUAUAAAUGGAAAUUUGUUAUUUCAAGUAAAAUUCCAACUCGUGGUAAUUUAAGGAAAUGUGUAAAUUCAGCUUGUGAUAUGAGCUAGUUCACAUAGUUCUUUUAUAUGCCUUUCCAAAUAAACAAUGAUAUUUUGGCAUUACAAGACGUGAAUACAUUCUUAGAUUAUCAAGACUGGUACAGUAAUCCUUUAAUCUUCAUCAUACAGGAAUAGGGACCUUAAAUCCCCAUAUUGUGGGAUUUCUGAUUGGACUUAGUUUAAGUUUAACAGUUUAGCAGUAGCUAUUGCAAUGCACAAUAAGCUGGACCACACAUAAGCUGUGUUGCUUGGAUGAUGAAGGUUGACUAAAGGCUUCCAUAAUCGUUUUUGGAUUGUUUCUGAAAUUCGUAGGUUACUCCAUGCUUCCUUGGAUGUGAUCACUGCCUGCAUAUGAGCGUAUGUUGUUGCCUUUACCAAAAAAUGAAUUUUUGGCCCUUGCUGUAGCUUCCCUUUUGGCAUCAGGCACUAUUCCCUACAACACAGUCCCACAAAUCUUCAUGUAUGAGGCACAUUUCCAUCACAAACUUUCAGUUAUAGUUGCCCAUUCCUUCCAGUCUUUCCAUUGGAAAUGGUAUACAUGCGGUCAGUUGAGAUGUUAAUAGGAUCAUUGUAGAUGCUCACACUAUAUUUGUGUAUAUGUAUAUUGUUCCAGAGGUAAACAUUCUUAUUACCAACUGUAAACACUUAUUAACUCUACUGUUAACAAGAAUUUAUAAUAAUUCUGGCACUAAGUGUUAUGCAUGCGAAGUCAUUAAAACUAAUUUAAAUGCAUCUUAUUUAUAUUUCACUCAGUAGAAAAAGGAGUUCACUAUAAAAUAAUCACUAGAACACUUACUUAAAUGUUGUCCUGUGCCCUGGGCCCAUAACCUCUUGUAGAGUCCAUUUAUGCCUGGGAUGAAAGGAGAUAAAACUCUCAACAGGCAGCAUGUGUCUUUACACAUUGUUCAAUUAAUAAAGAAACAGAAAGACAAGGCCUAAGUGUGUAAGGUGGGCAAACAUAACAACACAAAGAACAAGUACAGUCAUUUCUUCUGUAACAUGUUUUCAUAAUGUGAGUUGGCUAUAAUGCAGUUGAUUUAUAAGAGAAAGCUGUUUUUAAUAAUGCUGGUAUAUGGUGGAUACAAUGUGAUCAGAUUAAAUCAAAUUCAAAGAAAAAACCAUAAA